GGCGUUACGGUUAGUUGAAUAAGCAACCAGUCAAGGCAAAUUUGAACAUUUACUAGGCUAAAGUAGACGUACAGCAGCAGGAAGGCUCCGAUGUGGCACUUACGACACAUAUAGCCUGUUUCCCGAGCGAAAAAGACCGUCUGGGCAGCGCCCGGGAAAUAUUCGAAUUUUCGUCGAUUUUUGCGCGAUGGCAACCACCCCCUCCGUUACGCGUUACUUUCUUCGAAAUAGCCAACUGUUUGGGCCCGCGUUACGCGUUACGGUUGCCUCCAUUCAUACCGGUACAGUAGUCGCCCACCUUCUUACGUCGCAGAGCUACUGGCUUUAUUUUUUUUGUUGCUGGCCUACGCAACGUAUAUCAUUCUUUCCCGCCCCCGACACAUAGACGCCGUUAUAUCCUCUGUACUGCACCAAACCUGAGCCUCGAACCUCCCAAAGCGUCGCAG